GACCUGCAGCUCCCAUCCAUCCAGCAACACGCAGCUGUCGGGAUGCCUAGUGAAGCUCCCGCAUGCCAUACGACAACCGGAAAGCAACCUCACAACCUCGUCACCAGCUUCACCUCUCCCCACCACUAUUGACAACACAAAAUAACUGAGACGCCUAGCACUUUAAAGUCGUCUACCCUAAUCUGACCCCGGCUCACCACCACCACCCGACAUCCUCCCCCCGUUCAGGCCCCGGCGUCUGCCGUCGUCAAAAUGACUUCGAUAGGAACAGGCUACGACCUGUCCAACUCCAUCUUUUCCCCGGACGGCCGCAACUUCCAAGUCGAAUAUGCCGUCAAGGCAGUGGAGAACGGCGGCACGUCCAUAGGAAUCCGCUGCAAGGACGGCGUCGUUCUUGCCGUCGAGAAAGUCAUCGCCUCCAAGCUCUGGAGGCCCGGUGCAAACAAGCGUAUCGCCACCAUUGACCGUCACCUCGGUGCUGUCUACUCCGGCAUGAUCCCCGACGGAAGACACUUCGUCGACCGCGCCCGCGACGAGGCCCGCGCCUGGCGCGACACCUGGAAGAGCCCCAUCCCCACCGCCGACCUCGCCUCCCGCAUGGGCGGCUACCUGCAAGCCUACACCCUCUACUCCUCCGUGCGCCCCUUCGGCAUCACCGCCAUCGUCGCCGGCUUCGACCCCUCCCAACCCUCCCCCGUCGACGGCGAGGUCGGCCGCGGCCCCUCCGUCGGCCCCGGCGGCGUCAAGGAGGGCCUCACCCACGGCGGGCCCGGCCUCUACAUGAUCGAACCGUCCGGCCUCUACUGGGGCUACUACGGCGCCGCCACCGGCAAGGGCCGCCAGGCCGCCAAGGCCGAGCUCGAGAAGCUCGACCUCGCCGGCGAGGGCAUCUCCCUCGAGCAGGGCGUCAAGGAGGCCGCGCGCAUCAUCUACGUCGCCCACGACGACAACAAGGACAAGGAGUUUGAGCUCGAGAUGAGCUGGAUCAGCGAUGUCGAUGGUCCUACCAAGGGCCGCCAUGAGGAGGUCCCUAGGGCCGUCCGGGAGGAGGCGGAGCGGUUAGCCAAGAAGGCCCUGGAUGACGAUGACGAAGAGGAGGGGAAGAAGGAUGAUGAGAAGAUGGAGGAGUAGUGGCUUCCCUAGCGAAUGUUCCCAUUCAGGAGACAAAUCCACCAGGCCAGAGUCGUUUCGUUACCGUCGUGACCUUAAAACUCGCAUCACAUUGGCAAUCAUAUGCAGGAACUGUAAGCUCAUUUAUUGAACAACUAGAAGCAGGCAAUGACUCUUUCAACUGUAUCCAACCAAGCCAAUUCAAUCCGAUACUGCACGCCCAACAUG